AUGUGUGGAAAUUGUAACGCCGUCGAGGCGCUUCCUAGCUGGCUCUCCUGUCUCUCGCUCUGGCAGGACGCAGCCUGGCGGUCAACGGCGGACGCGCAAGAGGCACCAACACGGGACCCUGGACCGCUUCCUCCUCACCUGCACACAUGUCUACGAGCACAGCAACGUGCUAUUCUGAAGAGCCUGCGCCACAUUCCUGACACCGCGGAUGAUCACGAUGCGGAUGAUGUUGGUCCCUCGACCAAUACCAUGGCGUUUGAGCAACUGCGCGACCUCCUGAACGGCACAGUAACGCGCGGGGAGGGUAACAGCUGUUUACUAAUAGGGCCACGCGGGAGUGGCAAGACACGAAGGCCUAUCAUCGUGCGCCUAUCAGGGCAUGCACAGCAGAAUGACAGACUGGCAAUACGCGAGAUUGCUCGUCAAUUGACACAGCAGACGGGAAGUUCCUUCCUGCUGGAGGAGGACGAGGACAAACCUGCAAAUGACCCCUUCACUGACCCAGAAAAUCCAUUCCUAGAUACAUCAGACCCGGAUCCUGCCCCUGCAAUCGCAUUACCUGCUCCUGCACAUUUACUGGCUCUAAUCUCCAUGAUUCCCACCCUCCCCCGUGCGACCGUCGUCGUCAUCGAUGCGUUUGACAAAUUCGCCACACAUGCUCGCCAGUCCCUUCUGUACUGCCUCCUCGAUACGGUGCAAAGCUGCCGCGCAGGUAAAGGGAACAAGGGGCUCGCAGUGAUUGGCGUCACGACGCGAGUAGACACCAUUAAUCUCCUUGAAAAACGCGUCAAGAGCCGCUUCUCAGGACGAAUACUCAGAACGGCUUGUCCUGGGCGUCUACAAUACUGGAUUGAUGUUGCAAGGACCAUCUUGACCGCUCCUAUAGAUGUGGACGCAUCAGAUGAAUGGCCAACGCGGUGGGCCACCUCUGUUGAAGACUUUCUGAGGCAGGACACAGUCACCGAAUCCUUAAGGGUAUCCUACGCGCUAACUCGAGACGUCGAUACAUUGCGCCGAAUGCUGACCCUGAGUGUGUUGGAACUAUCGCCGACAGCCCCAUCUCUGUCCGUGUCUCGAUUCGCUGCCACAAUCGUUGCACAACGAUGUCCCUCACGUUUCCCUUUCCUUGACACAUUACCGUAUCCCGCGAUAUGUCUGCUCAUCGCCGCGACGCACGCGCAGACAUCCGGACAUGACCACUUCACCUUCGAAAUGCUUCACGAGGCUUUUCGGGAUCAGGUGCGCACGUCGCAGUCUGCCCCGGUUCAAUUCGAGGGCGGCAGCAUCGGAAUGGUGCGAUGCAGUCGUGAAGUGCUCAUUGGUGCAUUCGAACGCCUGGUGUCUAUACGCGUGUUCGUGGCUGUUGUCCCACCGUCAAUCAGUACGACAAGGGAGUUCGUCCUGCAUCGAUGCGCGGUAGACAGAUUCGAGGUCAAGAAGGCAGUUGAGGCGAUCGGGCAGACGAGUUUGAAAAAGUGGUUCAGCAAGGCAUGACGUACAGUAGUGAAUAUCAUAACGGAUACGUUUCCUCUC